AUGAGAAUAUCAGAUUCACAACAAUCAUAUAUAGAAUUUGUUAACAAUUUUUGGGGUAACUCCCCAGAACAAAGUUUUCAUAUAAUAUCAACAAGAAUAAAAGAUUCAAUAACAACAUUAACAGAAAUAAUAACGUUUUAUCAAGACAAAAUAUCAAUUGAAAAAGAAUAUAAUAAAAAACUUGAAAAAUUGUCAAAUAAAUGUAUAAUUGGGUCAAAGGAAACAGGAACUUUGAAAAAAUCAUUGGAUAAAUUAAAUAUUGAGAAUCAAUCAAUGAUAAAUUACAAUUCAAAAUUUAUUAAAUCAUUAACUCAAUUAAAUUUAGAAAAAUUGGAACAAUUUUAUAAUUUAUAUUUAAAAAAAGUUGAAAAAUUGAAAAAUCAUAUUAAUAAAUUAAUUAAUAAACGAGGUCAAGCAUUAAAAGAUUUAAACCAUUACAAAUCCAAAUAUCAAGAAGAAUGUUCACUAAUAAAGUCAUUAAAAUUAUCAUUACAAACUACUUGGGGUAAAGAAUUAGAAAAAAAUCAAAUGAAAUAUAAUAAAAUUGCACAAUCUAUGAAUACUACAAAUAAAAAUUAUCAAUAUUCAGUGUCUGUAUUUAAAGAAAUAAACGAUAUAUAUAAAAGAGAUUGGAUAAUAUCAAUAAAUGAUUUUUAUAAAUUGGAAAUAGAGAGAAUUCAAAUUCUUAAAAUUAAUUGUUUUACAUAUUGUAAUAAUAUAGCAACAUUAUGUGUUGAUCUAGAUCAAUCAAUUGACUUAGCAAGAUCAAAUUUCGCAUUGGUUGUACCUCAACAAGAUAUACAAGAAUUUGGUAUAAAUUAUGGGACAGGAAAUAAAAUAUAUGAUGAUCCAAAAUAUGUUGAUUAUAUGACUGGAUGUGAUGAACCACAAGUUGGUUAUACAAUACUGAAUCUAAAGAACCCAGAUCAUAAUGAAAUUUUAACUAGAACUUACUCUACUUAUUCAUCAAAUUCAAAAGCAACAUCUAAUGGUUCAACAAAUGGAAAUUACAAUACUAGUCCAAUUCAACAACAUACCCAGCCUCAACAACAAAGAGACAUAUAUAAUUCAUCACCAUCUCCAACUAAGACAUUCAAUAAUAUCAACUCAACCCCACAUCAUCAAAGACAGCAACAACCAUAUCAAUAUCAACAUCAAGACAUUUAUCAAGUUUCAUCAUCUCCAUUAAAAGAAUUACCAACAAAUGGUAGAAAUCAAAUGACACCUACUCCAAAAGCAAAUUUAGCAUAUGAAACAAAUAAUAAAAUCACAACUACAGCAUAUAGUAAUAAUAACUCCCCAUACAAAUCAUUAGUUCCAACAACAACACCAACAAAAAUUCCACCACUUAAAAAUCAAAAUCAAAUAAGUUCACCAACAAGAAAACCGCCAAUUGAUUUAUUAUCCCAUAAGACUCAAUCAACAGUAAGUACAUCAGGAGAUAAUGAUGUAUUUUCAACUCAUAAUCAAGAAAGAAUGACAAAUAGUCAAGGUUCAACAUCAUCAAAUUCAAAUUAUAGUACAUCGGAAAGAAAUUGGGCAUCACCAAGAAGACGUGAAAAACAAAUUCAACAAAUGCAAGAUCAAAUUACAAGAAAAUCUACAAAUGAAUUUAAAUAUAAACAACCACCACAACAGCAACAACAGUCCCCUCAACAACAGAAAGUACCUAUAAUGAAAGAUUUCUCAAUAGAUUUUAUUGCUAAAGCUUUAGAAGAUUUAAAUUCAGGUGGGGAUGGAGAUGUAAAUCAAUUUAGAAAAUCAGUAAGAUCAUCAGCUGCAACAAGUCCAAUAAAACAAUCACACCAACAACAAUUUAAUAAUCCUUAUAAUAACAAUAACAACAAUAAUAUUCAAACUCCUAAAAAGCAAAGACCUAAAUCAGAUUAUAUUGAUGAUCAUAAUGAAGUAGCUCAAAGAUAUGAUUCAAUAAAUUUCACAAGACCAAAAUCAAUGAUAGAUAUAGCACAAUCACAAUCACCACAACAACAGCAACAAAAAUCAAAUCCAUACCAUAAAUUACAAUCCCAUCCUUAUCAAAACAUUUAUACUUCCCCACCAUCAACUCCCUCAAAAAAACUAACACCAAUAAAUCAAAAACCAUACAUCACAAAAGCAACAGCAAGGUAUUCUUUCAAACCACAACAUGCAAGUGAAUUAUUUUUCAAAAAGGGAUGGGAUAUGUAUAUUUUACAUAAACAAGAAGAUAAUUGGUUUAUUUGUGAAUUGGGAGAAAAUUGUAAUGAUGAAUUUAUUGGGAUGAUUGGAUUAAUUCCUGGUAAUUAUAUUAUUGAGCACGAUUAA